AAAAUUAAAAAGUUUAGGCAAUAUCUUUGUUUAUGUGUCAAGAAUUGGAAAAUGGCCGCGAAACAUAAUUCUAUUGUGAAUGAUGGGCAAACAACAUCAGAAGAUAUUCCAUUGACAUCCUUAGAAGAAAGUCUUCUUAGCUUAGAAAAGCUCGAUAGAGCUUCGCCAGAACUAUGGCCUGAACAAAUUCCUGGUGUUUCGGAGUUUGCGAGUUUACAGAAUGUCGAUCAAUCUCCUCCGUCCUGGAAAGGACUUACCAAAGAGGACUACGCUCACAUGCGACAACUUGGAUCGUUGACAACUAGCGGUCUGAUAAUGGAAGUGAAGCGACUCCAUGAUGUUGCCUAUCAGCUUGGGCUUGAAGAGGCCAAGGAAAUGACAAGAGGAAAGUAUUUGAACAUAUUCAAAUCGCGACGGCAAAGAUAACCAAAUGCCAUAUAGCCAUUUAAAAUAAAUAAAUGUUUAAAUUAAUUUUAAUUUAGAUUUGUAAAGUUUAAUAAAUAAAUUCUUCAUACCUUUACUAUAAAUUGUUAAGUUUACUCUAGUUCUCAAUAAUAAAUAGUAAUAAAUCUUAA